CCGCCACCAUGCGCUGUCUUGCCAGCCUGGCCCUGGCCCUGCUCGCCCUGGAGGCCGCCCUGGCCGUGGCCUCCAUCCCCACCUUCACUGUGCCAGGGCAGGCCACAUGUCCGGAGCUCAGCUCUUCAGAGGAGGACUCGUGCAUCGUCUCCUGCACCGAUGACAGCUGUCCCCAAGGCACCCAAUGCUGUCCCACGAGCCCCUGCAGCCGCUCCUGCGUGGUCCCCAUCAUGGCACCUUUGCAGAAGACUGGCUCCUGCCCCCAGGUGCAGGUCCCCUUGUCCUCUGAGCCCUGCACGGAGACCACCGACUGCUCCUCGGACAGCCAGUGUGAGGGGAGCAAGAAGUGCUGUCCUAGCGUGUGCACCCUGCGCUGUCUAGACCCCAUAGCAGUGUCCCCUGCAGAGGACCCUCUUCAGUGAAGGACUGCCCCAGGACCCCCUGGCUGCCAGGAGUGACCGGCCCAAGUCUGAUUGAUGAGGAUCUUCUCUCUGGGAUCCUGAAAGCCCAAGAUGCUUCCUACCUGCUGCUAAUAAAAAUGCACUCAGCUUCA